AUGAACCCCAAAGUAAUACAUUCGACGCCUCGAGUAGAUGAUCUGGUUGUGGAAAAAUCCUCAACUUUGUUCGUGGACUCUCUAACUUCGACCAUCGAAAGCGAAUUUCACGAGAAUAACAUGAGAAAUUUCGAUGAAAGUGAAGAUGAAAAUGUUCGUAAGCGUGUAAGUGAAGAUGACAUACAAUCGUUAGAUGAUAUUUCGACCAAAUUAAAUAAAUCUUCCAUGUCUUUUCUCAAUGAGAACGAAAAUUGGCGUGGCCUUACAAAAAAGACUGAACUGAUCCAAUCAAAUGUACAGGGUCGACCCAAGAAACGAGGAAAAUAUCUGACACCAUGUCCUGAUAUACAAAUAAUACGCCAGCGGCCAAAAUUCAGUUUAAAUUUGCCUCUACUCGUAAAUGGUAACAGUUUGGGCCCUGCAAAAAUCGGCAAACAAUUUAUUGCUGUGCGGAACACAUGUGCAUUCGACUCCAUCGUGCAAAGUAUGCUAACAGCAUAUCACGAUUUCGCUACGUAUUACCAACACAUCACAGAGUCAAAGAAUGCCAUACAUGAUUUUGUAGAGGCGUUGUCGAAGUCUGGUGUAAGUUCGAAAUUAUACAACGAACGAUGUGUAAUUUUAAAACACACAUCAGAAAUAAAAAAUGGAGUGUUGGAUUGCGAAAUCAACGUCGCUACUUUAAUAGAGUUACAUAUUUUACCGAACACUCCAUCACUUGAGAUAAAAAUUAAUUGCAAUGAUUGUCAAUACGAAAAAAUAAGCAUCAUCCCAGUCCUUGAACUCAAUCCAGAUCCCAUUUUCAAAGAAGCCAUGAGGGGCCUACAGGAAGCUGUAUGUAAGUCUGUAGAACAUUACGUGUCUAAAACUCGAAACGAGUGUUGUUUUUGUAAAGGAACUAAUAUUACUAAGACGUUUGCUGGAGGAAGCCACAUUUUCCUCAAUCUCGAAGCGGCCGAAAUUGGGCUGCUUGCCGCACGGCGUGGUCUAGCCAAUUGUAGGAAACAAUUCACUCUUUCGGAAAUCCCUGGAAAUUUGAACUAUUGCGAUCGUCAGUACAAAAUGGUUUCAGCGAUCAUUUUCGUCGCAGGGCAUUACUACGCAUGUAUAAAACGAGCGACUGGCAGUGCCAUAGGUAGCCUGUAUAAUACUGCUAGAACUGAACAACAACUUAAAAAAUGUUGGGAUAACCUAAAAACUCGGCGCAAAGGUGUAUUAGCCCUACAAAAAAAAGAAAGAAUGAGGACAGGGGGUGGGCCUUUUAAUCCUGAUAUACCAAGUGCUUCCCAAUCCAGCCAGGAAGUAUUACUGGACAGCGCUCUUACUGAGCAGACAGAUGUGGAGCUGAUGUUUGCAAUCGAUAGUGACACACCAGACACACAUACUAUUGAAGAUAUGCAAACUAAUCUAGAGACGGGUGCCCAUAAAACUACAGAAAACCUUUCAAUUGUUACUGAAGGUGUAAAUGAGCCUUUGACUGAAACAGAAUGUGUAAAUACUCCUCUCCGUCAAUCUGAGUCCCGGAUGUCAGAUCUUGCUAUAUCAGCCCCAUCACAAGUAUCAAGAAAUAUACGGACCAAAGUAAUCGAGGAAGAGUUUUCUAUUAGACGGGAAAACUAUAAAAUAAAGCAAAAAAGGGAUGAAGAGUUACAUAAACUUAAAAUGGGUGAGUAUACAUUGUUAGUGAAGGCUGCAGAAGAAAAAUAUUUAAAAACAAAAAUUGAGAGAGAAGCUGCCGAAGAACUCCUUCUCUGUAAUAAGAUGAAGAAAGAAGAAGCAGAGCUUAAAUUGUUGGAAUUAAAAAAAUUAAAU